AUGAAGAUACAUAUUGUUCGAGUCCUCUUGGUCUUUAUAAUUGGUGUCGUUGGUGUCGUGAAAAGCAGAGGAAUAAGAGUGGAUGUCAGGACGAGUCCUUUCCCACCUCUAAGAGACCCAUGCCCCUUCGGUGCAGAUCGUAUACGAAUACCAUCGGCACUCGGAUGCAAGCUACGCAUGCUCUUAACACAUGCAUUCGGUCGAUUGAUUUUAUGA